UUCUCUUCCCUUCCAUCAUCCAUCCAUGUCUAGGCUUCUUUUCUUCAUUCUUCUGUUUGUCCUGUUUUUAGUGAAUUGUGAUGCUUUAAGAACAAGUGAUAGGAACUGUGAUUUUUCUUGUUGUGGGAACAUUCAAAAUAUCAGAUACCCAUUUCGAUAUGAAGGUGACCCAGAAAAUUGCGGAAACAAGAGAUAUGAACUGGCUUGCCACAACAAUCGUCCACUGCUUGACUUAUCAUCUGCGGGUGGUCCUAAAUACUACUAUGUGCAGACAAUCAACUACAACAACUACACAAUCCGAGUCGUGGAUAUGGGCAUUCAAAACGGAAGUUGCUCCUCCCUCCCUCUUUAUUCUUUAUCCUUUGAAAACUUUACUGGUCCUGCUUUUUCUUAUGAUGAUUAUAAUUCAUAUGGUUCAUAUAAUCCAGAUGAGUUCCAAUGGGAGUUUCCCUGUCUUGAAGCUGUAGCAGUGCUGGUGGAAUGGGAAAAUCCAGUGAAUUCUCCACGAUACAUGAACACUAGUAGUACUACUUAUACUAGUUGUAUUAAUAAGUCUUCUUUGCAUACCCAUUACUACUCUUACUUUCUGUUUGGAAACUUGAGAGCAUCAGAUGUGGCUGAUCUGUGCAAAAUAGAUGAGAUAGUUGCAGCUACCUUGUGGUCGCCUUUACCUCCAACAACAGCAGCAGCAGCAGCAGCAGUAAAUUAUUACUUUUUCAGUAACUUCAUGGAAUUCCACGCACAGUUAGCCUCUGGAUUUGAGCUUUCGUGGGCCAAAAUUCCAUGUGAAAAUUGCUCAAGAGGAGGCAGUUGCUUCAUUGAUCCUAUUACCAAUUACACUGUCACUUGUUAUAACUUCUGCGAUUCCCAAAUCAAGUUGACCUUUCUAUGUGCCUUGGAGCUGAUUUACGGUAAGCCCGCUUUAUUUCUCAUCCAUAAUUAUUUCAUUAUUUACAAUCUUGCGAUUACCUCACAUUUCCAACCCACUUUUGCGAUUCCUGUCUUUUGAGCAAUAGUAGUAUCAUCGCGAGAACUAAAAUUUUCUUGUAAAAUUUUUUCAAAUCUGAAGGCCUUCAAUCACCUGAUUAAAUGUUAAAGGCCUAUAAAUUCUUCCUUAGAUUGACUAGCUCCUUCAUUACUUUUUUUAUUUUUUUUAAUUGCCUUAGUCACUUCACUGAAUCUUGGGUACAUUUUUUCUUUUAGACGAUGUCCUUUACUUGCUCACAAUCAUAGGUAACAUUUCUUCCUUCUACUGUUAAGCUUGAAAAUCUCAAGAAUUUAUAUGAAGAACCAAAAUCCAAUGAUAAAAGAUGGAAGAAUUCAACAUACGAUUCUAUUGGUAGAGAAAAACAAAG